GCUCCAAGUCUCCGACUGUUAACGGUCGUCUAUUUCUCUCCUCCCUCUCCUCCUUGUGCGACGAAACCGCUCAGUUCCCAGAAACCCUAACCCUAACCCGUAAAAGAGAGCUCCCCCAAAACCCUAGAGAGGGUUUCUUCUCCUCGCCUCCGUUUGGAGCGUAUGGAGGACCCUGAGGGAGCCCUCAGCUUCGACUUCGAGGGCGGCCUCGACGCCGGCGGCCCGGCCCAUGCCUCCUCGGCGCCGGCCUCCCUGAUGCCGUCCGACCCCACGGCCGCAGCGGCGAACGCAGGUGCCGUGGCGCCCCCCGUCGCCGGAGAUGCGGCUCCCAGCGGCGGGAACAUCCAGGGUAGGCGGAGCUUUCGGCAGACGGUGUGCCGCCACUGGCUUCGCAGCCUCUGCAUGAAGGGCGACGCCUGCGGUUUUCUCCACCAGUAUGACAAGGCGCGGAUGCCGGUCUGCCGAUUCUUCCGCCUCUAUGGGGAGUGCCGCGAGCAGGAUUGUGUCUAUAAGCACACCAAUGAGGACAUCAAGGAGUGCAACAUGUACAAAUUGGGUUUCUGCCCAAAUGGCCCUGAUUGUCGGUAUAGGCAUGCAAAGCUGCCUGGACCUCCUCCCCCUGUUGAAGAGGUCUUUCAGAAGAUUCAACAUCUGAGUGCUUUUAAUUAUUAUGGCUCUUCAAAUAGAUAUUUUCAGCAUAGGAAUACUAGUUAUAACCAACAAUCAGAAAGGCCUCAAUUGUCACAAGGUUCUGCAGUAGCUAAUCAAAAUGCAGCAGCGAAACCGAUUCCAGUUGAACCGUCCAACGUGCAACAGCCACAGACUCAAAUUCAGCAGUCGCAACCACCACCACAGCCACCUCCUGAGAAUCAGGUGCAGAAUAUUUCAAAUGCCUUGUUGAACCAGGCCACUAGAACUGCUUCUCCACUCCCUCAAGGGCAAUCUAGGUAUUUUAUUGUUAAAAGUUGCAACCGAGAAAAUCUGGAAAUAUCCGUUCAGCAGGGUGUUUGGGCAACUCAAAGGAGUAAUGAGGCAAAACUUAAUGAAGCUUUUGAAUCGUCGGAGAAUGUUAUUUUGAUAUUCUCAGUCAACAGAACUCGACAUUUCCAGGGUUGUGCCAAGAUGACAUCUAAGAUUGGUGGAUAUGUUGGUGGAGGGAAUUGGAAAUAUGCUCACGGAACUGCACAUUAUGGUCGAAACUUUUCAGUCAAAUGGCUAAAGUUAUGUGAGUUGUCCUUCAAUAAAACUCAUCAUCUCAGGAAUCCAUACAAUGACAACUUACCAGUGAAGGUACCAUCCAGUCUGCUGUACAUGUUUGUUUGUGCCAGGGAGUUGAAACAUGUGCCUUUGUCAGUAGCAAGUAGGGGAUUAUUUUCUGCGCGUACCCAGAGGCUUUUGAAGUUACUGGGGCUGAUAAGUCGAGACUGCCAAGAGUUGGAGCCUUUUAUUGGUGAACAGUUGGCUUCUUUGCUUUAUCUUGAGCCAGAUAGUGAACUCAUGGCAAUGCUGAUUGCUGCGGAAUCUAAACGUGAUGAGGAAAAAGCAAAGGGGGUUAGUACGGAUGAAGCAGCUGAUAAUCCAGAUAUUGUCCUGUUUGAGGACAAUGAAGAAGAGGAGGAUGAAGAAAGCGAGGAAGAGGAGGAGAGCGGUGGCCAGAGUGCCCAAGGAAGGGGUAGAGGAAGAGGAAUGAUGUGGCAGCCACACAUGCCACUGGUGCGUGGAGGGAGGCCAAUGCUUGGAGUCCGGGGUUUCCCUCCUGUCAUGAUGGGUGCUGAUGGAUUUGGUUAUGGUGAUGGCUUUGCGGCGCCAGAUAUUUUUGGCAUUCCUCCCCGGGUUUUUGGACCAUAUGCGGGCCCAAGAUUUCCUGGUGACUUCUCAGGAACAGGCCCCAUGUCUGGGUUGGUUUUCCCUGGUAGGCCACCCCAGCCUGGUGCCAUUUUUCCAAUGGGUGGCCUUGGGAUGAUGAUGGGCCCAGGUCGGGCACCAUUCAUGGGUGGUUCGGUGAUGGGAGGUGUGGGUCGAUCCACGCGUCCAAUGGGAGUGCCACCUUUCCUCCAUCCACCUCCACCUCCACCCAACACUAGGGCUCCAAAGAGGGAUCAAAGGAGACCAGCAAGUGAUUGGAGUGACAGGCUUGAGCCAGGAUCGGAUCAGGGCAGCAAGGGUCAGGAACUGACAGGACCUAGCAAUGGAGUAGAUGAUGAGAUGGGGUAUCAUCAUGGUGCAAGGGCCCAAACUGAGGACAAAUUUGUUGCUGCAAACAGUUUUCAGAAUGAUAGUGAGAGUGAGGAUGAGGCAGCACCAAGACGGUCAAGGCAUGGUGAAGGAAAGAGGUAGCAGCAUGGGUCUGAGGGGGAAGCAGCCUUGGACCAGUAAGAGACACCUAUAACUGAGCAUCAAAAUCACUGAUAUUACUAACAUUUUUGCUGAAGGGUGAUUUUCGCGAUCUGAUGAGUGGUACAGGACCUGAAUUAAGGCACUCUCCUGUGAUGCUUUGUUCUCUGGUUGUGGAGCCUCCUGUUGGGGGGUUGGAAUUAAUGGGUGUUGGAUGUCCAAGAGUAAUGGGAUGCGUUAAAGGGAGAUUAAUGGAUGUGUAUAAUAAUCAAUCAUAAUAGAGUAGGCACAUUGACAACUGAAAUGAUUUCUAUGACUUUGUACAGCAUGAUUGUAUAUGAAUUUGUGUUCGAGCUCAGAGUACUUUUAAUGUGUAGAGACCUUGCCAACUUACCACCAGCGGCUGUCAGCUUCGAUCAUCUGAAGCAUGGUGAGCAGAUUCUGCUCUCAUUUCAUGCUUUCAAGAGUGCCGUUCAAGCUAAUUCUGAAUGUCAUCUUUCCUUGUUUAUAAUAUAUAA